CGACGAUGGCUUGCUCGUACACGGCCGUGGCCAUCUCGUCCAUCUCGCUCACCUCCUCCUCUGCUCUCUCCACAAAGCUCACGCCAGUGGCCUUCUUGCACCCGACGCGCACGCCGUCACACCUAUCCCCUCUCUCACCCCUCCCCGACUAAAAACCAGCCAUGGCCAACGACGAGCUCGAGUUUGCCCAGGCCACGAACGAGGUCACCGUGACCAUCCCCCUCUCGCCCGAGAACGAGGAGCGCUUCAGCCUCAUCACGCGCAACCUCCAGGAGUUCACCGGCGGCGACAUUAUCCGCAAGGUGCUCGCUGACGGCGAGACGCCGCGUCUCUACUGGGGUACUGCCAUUACUGGCCGCCCCCACAUCGCCUACUGCGUGCCCAUUGUCAAGAUUGCCGACUUCCUCAACGCCGGCGUUCAUGUCAAGAUCCUCCUUGCUGAUCUCCACGGCUUCCUCGACGCGAACAAGUCGUCAUGGGAGACGCUCAAGCACCGUGUCGUCUACUACUCCAACCUGCUCCACGCCGUCUUUACCACUAUCGGCGUGCCCACUAACAAGCUCGAGUUUGUCCAGGGCACGACCUACCAGCUCACCCCCGAGUACACCCUCGACAUGUACAAGUACCACAACCUGACCACCACCAAGGCCGCCGAGCACGCUGGUGCCGACGUCGUCAAGGAGUCCGAGUCGCCCCUCAUGUCGUCGCUCCUCUACCCCGGUCUCCAGGCCCUCGACGAGCAGUACCUCGAUGUCCACGCCCAGUUCGGUGGUGUUGACCAGCGCAAGAUCUUCAUGUACGCCGCCCACUUCCUCCCCAAGAUGGGCUACGCCAAGCGCGCACACCUCAUGAACCAGAUGGUCCCCGGUCUUACCGGCGCCAAGAUGUCGUCGUCCGAGCCCAAGUCCAAGAUCGACUUCCUCGACUCUGAGGCCGAGGUCAAGUCCAAGCUCAAGGGUGCCGUCUGCGCCCCCGGCGAGGUCGAGGGCAACGGUGUUCUUGCCUUCCUCCGCGCCGUGCUCAUCCCCAUUCAGAAGCUCCGCGAGGAUGCCGCUCGUGCCGAGGGCAAGGAGCGCUUCACUGGCGAGGGCAGCUUCCCCGACCCCCAGGCUCCUCUCGGCACCAUCUUCUCGAUCAAGCGCCCUGAGAAGUUCGGUGGUGACCUCCACUUCCCUUCGUACGAGGCGCUCGAGGCCGCGUACGCCAAGCAGGAGUUCCACCCCCAGGACCUGAAGAACGCCGUCGCCGACGCCCUCGUCAAGGUCCUCGGCCCCAUCCGUGCCGCCUUUGAGGCCAACCCUGCCUGGCAGGAGGCUGAGAGGCUCGGCUACCCCGACUCGUCUGUCUCUGCCGCCGCCAUCGAGGCUGCCAAGAAGAACGCCGCCAAGAAGGAGCCCAAGAAGAAGGUCGAGAAGAGCAACAAGCCUCCUACCGAGGAGGAGCGCGCUGCUCUUAGGGCCAAGAAGGAGGAGGAGAAGGCCGCGAAGGCCGCUGCCAAGGCUGCUGCCGCCGGUCCCAGCGCUGCUGUCCUCAACACCAACCUCCCCAAGCUCAAGCUCCUCUCCAAGGGCAAGGUUAGGGACAUUUACGCUCUCCCCGACGCCAAGGACGCCGACAAGCUCCUCUUCGUUGCCACCGACAGGAUAAGCGCGUUCGAUGUCAUCAUGGAGAACGGCAUUCCCCAGAAGGGCGCCACUCUCACCACCCUGUCCUCGUUCUGGUUCCACAAGCUCCGCCACAUCAUCCCCAACCACGUCCUCACUCCCUCAUUGGAGGGCGACUCGCCUGCUGUUCUCUCGGGCGCCACUGCGUGGGAGGAGUUCCCCCGCUCGCUCGACGAGUACCGCGACCAGCUCGAGGGCCGCAGCAUGAUUGUUAAGAAGGGCGAGGUUGUCAAGAUUGAGGCCAUUGUCCGUGGCUACAUCACUGGCUCCGCAUGGUCCGAGUACAAGAAGUCGCAGACUGUUCACGGCAUCCCCAUGCCCGCUGGCCUCGUCGAGUCUCAAAAGCUCCCCAAGCCCAUCUUCACCCCCUCGACCAAGGCCGACCUCGGCGAGCACGACGAGAACAUCCACCCCGACAAGGUCAAGGACAUCACUGGCCCCGAGCUCGCCGCCGAGAUUGAGAAGGUCGCUGUCCAGCUCUACACUGAGGCUGCUGCCUACGCUCUUGAGCGCGGCCUCAUCCUCGCCGACACCAAGUUUGAGUUUGGCCUCAUCCCCGGUGCCGACGGCAAGAAGCAGCUCAUCCUCAUCGAUGAGGCGCUUACGCCCGACUCGUCGCGCUACUGGGCCGCUUCCGCCUACAAGGAGGGCCAGCCCCAGGACUCGUUUGACAAGCAGUACCUCCGCGACUGGCUCAUCAACUCGGGCAAGAAGGCGCAGGAGGGUGUCUCGCUUCCCGAGGACGUUGUUGCCGGCACCAAGGCAAAGUACGAGGAGGCCCGUGACCGUGUCAUGGGCCGCGGUGCCUUUGCCAAGUAGGGCGAGGUGCGGCGUGCGACAUUUGUAGACGAUUAGCAUUUGAUUUUGGUGCAUGAUUACAGGGGUGUGGGGUGCAGUGUGGUAUGAUACAGUGGGCGUUGUGGUCGUAGUCGUGGUCGUGAAGGUCAUCCGAAGAGCAGGUGGGCAAAGUCGCCAGCAUCACUGCGGCACCCCCUCCCACUCGUACACAGCAUAUGCGUUCGUUCUACCGCGACGAUGGGGUUUGACCUUGUCCUUGUCGGCCUUGGAGUGGCGUGACCAGAGUCGCCACCACGCGCGAGGUCGCACCCCGGUCGCCGUGGCCUCGACAGGAGCUUGACCCGGUACAUCUGACCACGCGGCCAUUUCGAACGCGCGGGCCUGCUCUUCGGCGUCGAGCUGGUUCCGGAGCGCAAUGGUGCGGUUCAAUCGCUGGCGGUAUCGAAUCCACGUCGUGACCUGCAUGAAGACGACCAACGCUGACAUGGCAAUGACGAUGAUGCCCGCCGCGAUGGCGACGCGCACGAUCGUGCUCGAGCUGAACGAGUACCCUGCGCCCGGGGCCGUCUCCUCUGGGCCGUUACGCGUCGACGUUGGGUCCGGGGGCAGGUCAUGCUUGUAGCUGGGAAUGAUGGCGCUCAUCGCGGCGGGAUGUGCAAGGAUGAUGAGACAGGUGCAGUUGGGCAGUUGCCUGCGCCGCUAUCUCCGUGCUCGUCGGUGUUGCUCCGUUAUCAUGUGUCGUGCGAUGAGU